UCGCAUCCUCAAUCCCAUCAACUACAUCCCCCGUCCUACCCGAGUACGUGUUCAACCUCAAUCUCAGCCUCAACAUCAGCGCGAAAUCUCGACCGACGUUGGUAGCGGUGGUGAAAUCCACACUCUCUUGACUCUUCCCGAACAGCGUCGAUCGCGCCAACACUCACCCACCGAUCCUAUUGUCGAGCACAGCCCCCAUUUGGCGCCGCAAGCUAGUAACCGCACCAGCAUUGGCCUGCCUCCCAACCAGCAACGUGGAAACAUACCGGUAUCUCCUUCUCGGGGGUUAGGACUGAUGGUCGAUCCAGAAAAGCAGGAGCGUAAUGGCAUUAAAGAGCCGGAAAAAGCACAUACCAUACCUACCUCGAGAUAUAACCCACAGGCGCGCGAUCCAGAAGCACAACAAGGUACUUCGGUACUAGCACAGACUUAUGGGGUCAAUCCAUUGGAUCAGCCUUUACAACCUCCUCGCCGCAUUACAUCCCAUCGCUCUCUAAAACGCGCUCAAUCCACUGCCUCAAUACAUUCCUCAGCCUUCGCUCGGACAAAUACUGACGGGAUACCUCCUGUGCCUGGUUCGCGGGAUGAUGUUGGUCAAGGCUAUCCGGGAGUCGAUGAAGGUAGCGUAGGAGAAGAGCUCGUUUGGGGCCCAUCCCAUCCAUGCUUCCCACACCAAAAUCCGCACGUCCCGCUGGAUUCUCCCGAGUACUCUUCUACGCGGAUCAUACGGAUACGACGAGAUUGGAUGGUUGCCGGCGAUCUGGCUCCCACGUACUCCAAUAUCUACCCUGAGAUCUUGGAUCCUCUGAUGCAAGAGCAAGAAUUUCGCUACGUGAUCGAGCAUAUCAAUCAAACCUUGGUUCAGGCUUACGACCCUUUCUCGUCCUGGAAUUGGUUGGAUGGCUUUCUGGGUCUCAUAACUGGUUGGCUGUGGGAGGAUUUUCGACCUACAGGUAUCAAAGGCCAAUUGAAGGCUUUGGAGGAGUGGUUGGAGGACUGGAAUCAUACCGUGGGUGCAAGGGAGGGCGUCAAGAUUAUCCCACUUCGACGUACAGGCUACCUGAAUCUUGACAUACAAAUCCCUGAUCCACAGGUGCGCGUGGUCGGCGACGGAGAUGCUGAAUCACAACAGCCUCCAUCUUCAGCAGUACCGGAUGGAGGAGGACUGCAAAAGUUGCCAUGAUAACCGACUGCUCUCUUCUAUUUCGUCCUUGUGGGAACUUCUUUCUUUUGUGACAGAAUUGUCUUUUUCUUGGCUGGGCUCGACCUGGCUGUGUUCAAUUAUUGGAGUCCAGGUCUCAUGGGUUAUGUGAGCGUUUUCCAGCAUGGCGUUUUAUCGACAGUUCGGCACUUUUAUUGGCGGGCACUGGGACGAGCGAGAAGGAAUUGAAAAAGUGAUAGUGGGACUUUGCAUGUAGGUCCUGGCUGUUUCGCUGUUGAGAGAGAAGGACCUACUCCGGCUAGAUAUGUUAUAUCAGCAUGAUGAACAAGCCAGCCCGACAGUCGUGUACAUGGGCUUGUCUCUCCAUGUCAUUCAUCAUUCUCCCCAAAUUUUUCUAGCCUUGACUUGUUGACCUCUUGAUGGAUUGCUGUGUUCAUUCUGAUGUAAGGCCAGACUCG